GGGGCCCCUGAGUCACCUCGUACCACCUUAGCCCCUCCCGGCCCUGCACAGCCGCGUGUCUGCCGCGCCGUCUGCUGCCCAGCCUCGUGUCUUCCAACCUCGGGAUCAGAUUAGCUCUCUUGCCUUCCAUCCCUCGUUAAAGGUUUGGCUUUGAGGCCGGUGGGGGUGACCGGAAAAGUGCUGUUAACAAUUGCAGAUAGAAGAUGAUGGUGGUAAAAUCGGCCGGUGCUGGGCAUGAUCUUGAUGUGUUGUCGAUGUCCUCCAAACUGAACACACGGAGAACCCAAGUUUACCUACACGUGGGAUGCCGUAGGACGAAUUUUCCCAAACUGUUGCCAGUUCUUGUGAGAGCUGCAUAAGAUUUUCACCCCAACCCCCUUGGCGCUUUGAACGUGCAGGCACAUUAGUGGUGAAUGAUGGCGCUCAGUGUCUUUAACUGCACCAGUAUGCAUGAGCGAGUGAACCGAACAGAAAGACAGUUUCGAUCACUUCCAGAUAAUCAACAGAAACUACUUCCUCAGUUUCUUCUUCACUUGGACAAGAUUCGGAAAUGCAUUGAUCAUAAUCAAGACAUACUACUGACCAUUGUGAAUGAUUGCAUACAUAUGUUUGAAAAUAAAGAAUAUGGAGAAGAUGGGAAUGGAAAGAUUAUGCCAGCAUCUACAUUUGACAUGGAUAAAUUAAAAUCUACACUGAAACAGUUUGUGAGAGACUGGAGUGAAACUGGGAAAGCAGAGAGGGAAGCCUGCUACCAACCAAUCAUUAAAGAAAUUUUAAAAAAUUUUCCGAAAGAAAGAUGGGAUCCUUCUAAAGUAAAUAUUCUGGUACCUGGUGCUGGACUAGGAAGACUGGCCUGGGAAGUAGCUAUGCUAGGUUAUGCUUGUCAAGGAAAUGAAUGGAGUUUUUUUAUGCUCUUUUCUUCCAACUUUGUACUCAACAGAUGUUCUGAAGUUAAUAAAUAUAAGCUUUAUCCCUGGAUCCAUCAGUUUAGCAAUAACCGAAGGUCAGCUGAUCAGAUUCGACCUAUCUUUUUCCCUGAUGUUGAUCCCCACAGUCUUCCUCCUGGUUCUAAUUUUUCUAUGACAGCAGGAGAUUUUCAGGAGAUCUACUCAGAAUGCAAUACCUGGGACUGUAUUGCUACCUGUUUCUUCAUAGACACAGCUCACAAUGUCAUUGAUUAUAUUGACACAAUAUGGAAAAUACUCAAGCCAGGUGGAAUUUGGAUAAAUCUAGGUCCCCUACUGUACCACUUUGAAAAUUUGGCAAAUGAACUUUCCAUAGAAUUGAGCUAUGAAGAUAUAAAAAACGUCGUUCUGCAGUAUGGAUUCCAGGUGGAGGUGGAAAAAGAAUCUGUCUUGUCAACAUAUACUGUGAAUGAUCUCUCCAUGAUGAAAUACUACUAUGAAUGUGUCUUGUUUGUGGUCCGUAAACCACAGUAACGUUUUCAAGUGGUAUCAGCAGGAAAAGAGUUUGAUAAGAGCAAAUCCUGAAAUAAACAACUCAAAAUCAACUAUCCCAAUGACAGGACACAACCUCAAAUCAGUGGUGCCUUCUUAUUCCUAACAAAAUUUAGAAAUAGCGUCUAUUUUCUUAAUACGUCUAUCGCUUUUUCAGAAAUAUACUAUGCCAUGCAUAUUUGUACUACAGAAGUAAAAAUGGAGGAAAUGUCUUCAAGUAUACAUUUUCCCUGAAGCCCAGAAUUGUCUUUCAGUAGAGAAAACUUUAUCUCCAGUGGUCUUCAUGAAGCUGUCUGUUGCAAGUCUGCCAUAUUAAUGACUACUAGUAUCGAAGUCCCCCCAAAUCUUUGUUUUGUGUGCAUUGCACAUAUUAUUUUUAGAAGAGUCUGAGGAUCCUCUGUCACAUUCAGCAUCUGGAAUUGGGACUUCAUUUGCUUUGGACCUAAGCAAUCCAUUCAUAAAAUGUGUGUGUGUCCUUUUAAUCACUCAAAUUAUUUUUUUUCUAGCUCAGCUGAAUUUAGAGAAGCAUCAACCAUUUCAUUUUUAUGAAAUGCUGAAUUUAAUAAGAUCACAGGCCAGUAAAAUGCAUUUAAGCAUUCAAGUAACUGAGAGUCUUUGGGGCAUACUAACCUGAACAUUAUUUGAAAGCAUACUCAUCAUGAAUCACUCUGAAAUGUAUGAGAUCUGAACACUCUUAAGUGAGGCACAAAAACCUUUAUUCAAGGUACUGCUCAGAAAAUGGGGAAAUAACAAAAUCUCCCAUUUGAAAUGUAUGAUUUUAAACUAGAAGUGAAUACAGUUUGUCAGUGAAUGUUUACGAUAAUGUCAUUUCUUUAAAUUACCUGGAUCACAAAAGCAAGCACUUUUUUUUUUUUUUCCAAUAAACUGUCAUGAUGGUAUUACUGUGGGGAAAUUCUGAAUAUGAAAUUCAGGGAUAACUUACUGCCCAUAGUCUGUGUCUUCAAUAUUGUAAGCAGCAGCCAUUCAUGUAAUUUUAGAUUAACACCAAUUUUGUUCCCUGAUAGCUGGAGUUAAAACAGUAUAUGCUGCUUUAAAUUUCUACCUCUAGCAGAUCUUUUCUAUUGGAGGGAGUUUUCCUUUAUAUAUAUUUUUUAUGUUUCUUAUUUUGUUUCUAGUAGCUUGGAAAGCAGAGAUGACUGAUGUUGUAACCUUUUCUUGGGAAAAGGAAGUACUCUUGUUGGAUAUUUUCAUAGGUGAUUAUGAUGGCAUUAAAUGACCUCUGUGGCAAUUUGAAUUAGAUAGACUUAAUCUCAAUAAUGUGCUGUAGGAUUAAUGUCAUGUUCUAAUAGGAAAACUUACUCGUGAAUCUUUAGGCCUUUUUUGUUAGGUUGGGGGAGUCCACGCAAUUUGGUAUCUUAUUAGUAGGAGCUUUUCCAUGGACAGUGAGGGAGCUCUUGUGGCCUUUGCUCAUGUUACGCAGUAAAGGGCUCUGUGAAGUUUAUUUGACUUGCUAAAUUCUGGAGGCCUUAGCCUCUUGAGUU